ACCCCAUCCUUAUCUCAUCAAACCUCUUCUUCUUCAUAAAGUCUCUAGAAUCAUCGAAUCUUUUAGAUUCUCUCCUACUUCUCUUAUUAUAUAAAGAGAUACAUAAGAACAUUAAAACAGAACAUCUUUUCUGUAAACGAUAAUCAUCUAUCUGAAACAUGAACUCGACCAUAGCUGCCGAUAACGGACGUGUUUCAGGUGGCGCGGCGGAGUUUCUUCAGAUUAGAUUGAAUCAUAGACAUGAUCCCAAGGAGAACCAGUGUUCUUCGGUUCUUGUUAAGCAUAUCAAAGCCCCUGUUCAUCUCGUUUGGUCUCUGGUGAGGAGAUUCGAUCAGCCACAGAAGUACAAGCCUUUUGUCAGCAGGUGUGUGAUGAAAGGUGAUGUUUGCAUCGGCUGUGUUCGAGAGGUAGACGUUAGAUCUGGCCUCCCGGCUACCACUAGCACGGAGAGGUUGGAGUUCUUGGACGAUAAUGAACACAUUCUUGGUAUCAGAAUCCUUGGUGGUGAUCACAGGCUUAAGAACUACUCAUCAGUGGUUACAGUACAUCCAGAGAUAAUAGACGGAAGAGCGGGAACAAUGGUAAUAGAGUCAUUCGUGGUGGAUGUACCAGAAGGGAACACCAAAGACGAGACUUGUUACUUCGUGGAAGCACUUAUACGAUGCAAUCUCAAAUCUCUGUCCAGUGUUUGCGAAAGAAUGGCUGCUCAGGACAUGACAUGAGUUGUGGACCGGUACUCAAGUGUUUUUCCUCAAAUUGUAGAAUUGUAUAGCAACAUUGGUAAGCGAAAUUGAUCACGUGACAUACAUACUCUCUGGAUUGUAGCCAGAGAGUCCUCUAGUACUCAUUUGGGACAUCUCCGUAACUGAUCCUGAGUGUACUACUUGUAUAAGUUAUAAAUUGUGGCUCUAUAAUUUCGUAGGAAUGUAGCUUUACCUUUCAGUAUA